ACUUCGACAUAUUCACAUAUGCUGUUCAUAAUUAUAAAUAUUUAUGCUAACUAUUGUUAGGAAGUGCACACGCACGAUCUACUGGUAGCGCUGACGGAAUUGAGUUUCCCUCUAUCCAUUGCCGACCCCUGAUUUGGAGCGAAGCAACAGGCUGUGUAGUCCUCCUACUCGAGUCGGUUUGUGACCUGCCAUCCUUUACUCCUGGACAGGGAAGGACGCGUGUGGGGGACUGGACUUUCAGAAUGUUUGCUGCUGGACAGCCGUUUCCUGGUCCACAACGAGAAGGUCAAGGAGCCACCUUCUCCCACAAGGCCAAAUCAAGCAAACCAAAUGCUCAAUUCUGUAAAGACGGCGUUGGGGUGAAAGAGCUUAUUGACAGGUACCGAAGCAGUCGAACCCAUGCUGUGACUUUGCUGCAUCAACUGGCCCAGACUUUGCAGUUCCACCUGGAAAUCAAGGAGACAGUGACGACCGCCAACGUAAAUGGAUUUUUUUUUGCCUUUUGCGUGCUGGUUGAUGGUGUCAAGUACGAGACCGGCAUGGGGACGACAAAGAAGGUGGCUCGUCUGAGAGCGGCUGAAUUGGCUCUUCAGGACCUGCUGCCCAGAUUGGAGAAAGAGAAAGCUGACCUCUCCAAAGUGUCAGCUUUCCCACCAUUUCUACCAGCUAUUAAGGAGUCCUUCCAAUCAGAUAUCCAAGACCACAUGCCCAUUUGUGAGAGGAGGACUCCCACUAACCUCCAGAUACUAAAUGCCAUCAAGGAUCAACUCACCAAGUUGAUGAAUAGCCAACCGCGGUUCUCCGCCUACGCCGCUACCGUCGCGGCAUUCGUCAUUCAGACUUCCAGUGGCUGUGAGGUGGUAGCCAUUGGCACUGGCAACUACAGCGUCACUGACACCAUAUCAACAAAUGGACGUGUUGUGCACGACUCACAUGCGGUGGUCACUGCAAGGAGAUCCCUGAUGAGAUUCCUCUACCAGCACCUGCUGAUGUUCUACAGCAAAACGGUACACCUGGUCCAGAAGUCAAUCUUCCAGCACAAUGAGAACGAAAGCAACCUCCUCAGCCUGAAGACUGGCAUCGCGUUGCACCUCUACGUCAACCAAGUUCCUUCAGGCGCUGCUCAGAUGCCCUCCAAAAUGUCUCUGAACCCUGGCUCCAUAUCUACAUGGCAGAUGAGCAAUGAGAUGGGACUGCACGUUUCAGUGGAGGGCAAGGUGUUCUCGGUUUUCUCCACUGCCCUCAAGCACUCCAGCACCAAAGUGUUCAGCGUAUCGCCCAUGGACAAGAUCACUCAGUGGCAAGUGUUGGGCUACCAGGGAGCCUUGCUGAGCCACUUUAUCGAACCAGUCUAUGUCCAGAGCAUCCUCGUAGGUGACCCGGCUGCUGGGGACAUCCGUGGUAUGGAGAUGACGUUGAACCGCCGCACGGAAGGCAUCACUGCGCAGCUGCCAUUGUUCUACUGCAUGAUGAGGCCUCACAUCAGCACAGUCUCCGCUGUGGCCAGCAGCAGUGCUGACAAUGGCCUGGUGACCUGUUGUCUCAACUGGAGUGAAGGCGACUGCUCCAUCGAGUUGGUGGACGGUCUGACUGGCAGGACUACAGUCGAGUCUCCCUUCAAGAGUGGAUCUGCUCUGGCGAGCCGUUUAUGCAAGGCAGCGAUGCUGCACCGCUUCAAGUUGGUGGCUAAAGAGGCCAAUAGGCAGGACUUGCUUGCCACCAUUUCAUACAAAGAAGCCAAGACCAUGGCAAAGUCAUACCAGGAGGCAAAGAAUUUGCUGAGGACGUACCUGAUGCAGCAAGGCUUCGGUUCCUGGCCAGUCAAGCCCAUGGUCAGUGGUAACUUCAACAUCUAGAUUUACAAACAUAGUUGUAGAAUAUGAAUGAAAAGUUGUUUGUUUUUUGUUGUUGAGGUCUUUCUAUGGUCAAAUAUCUUGAAGUAAGGACGGAAAAAUAUACACAGAAUACAUUAGUACCAAUUGUUCACAGUUUGUCUAAUUGCAAAGUUGCUUCUUUAGGUUGUAAGAUCAACACAUUCACUUGGUCAAAGUUUCGGUGGUGGGGGCUUGGGUGGAAUUAGUCUUUCUGUGUUUGUAAUGGAAAUAGCCUGUAUCCUUUCAUUUCAUUUUUAAAGUUUUGAAUUCUUCACAUAUGAGUAAGUGUGGGUUCUGUAAGCUGUAAGCCAUAGGAAAAUGCAGCAUCCAAGCUGAACCAUUUCAAAUUGUUUCAUGGCAUUCCAAAAUGUUGCACAGUUUGAAAAAUAAAACAAUACCAAUUAAAAAUAUA